AGGGGCAGAGAGCACAGAAGACUCGGGGCCAGAUGUGAGGAAGGCCAAGACUGGAGCACAGUGCAAGACGGACGGCAGUGAUUAGCUCAGGGUAGUCCAAGCUGCCCUCGAAUUCGCAACUAUCCUCUUGCCUCAUCCUUCAGGGCGCUGAGAUGACAGGCAUGCAGCACCAUGCCUGGAGAGGUAUGUGAUGGACAGGUGACCCCGAGGCCACCCCGUCGCUGCGCUCAGGGUGCCAGCAUGACCGAGUGCUUCCUGCCCCCACCCAGCAGCCCCGGGGAACACCGCAGGGCCGAGCAUGGCAGCGGGCUGACUCGGACGCCCAGCUCAGAGGAGAUCAGCCCCACCAAGUUCCCCGGCCUGUACCGAACGGGUGAGCCCUCGCCGCCCCACGACGUCCUCCAUGAGCCCCCGGAUACCGUGUCUGACGACGAGAAGGACCAUGGAAAGAAAAAGGGGAAGUUCAAGAAGAAGGAGAAAAGGACUGAAGGCUAUGCUGCCUUCCAGGAAGACAGCUCUGGAGAUGAGGCCGAAAGUCCUUCAAAGAUGAAGAGGUCCAAGGGCAUCCAUGUCUUCAAGAAGCCCAGCUUUUCUAAAAAGAAGGAUAAGGAUUUUAAAAUAAAAGAGAAACCCAAAGAAGAAAAGCAUAAAGAAGAAAAGCACAAAGAAGAAAAACAUAAAGAAAAGAAGUCCAAGGACUUGACAGCAGCUGAUGUUGUUAAACAGUGGAAAGAAAAGAAGAAAAAGAAGAAGCCUAUCCAGGAGCCGGAGGGGCCUCCGCUCGACGCGCCCAGCCUCAGGCCCAUCUUUGGGAUUCCCUUGGCCGACGCGGUGGAGAGGACCAUGAUGCACGAUGGCGUCCGGCUGCCGGCCGUCUUCCGGGAGUGCGUGGACUACGUGGAGAAGCACGGCAUGAAGUGCGAGGGCAUCUACAGGGUUUCAGGAAUUAAGUCCAAGGUGGAUGAGCUGAAAGCAGCCUACGACCGUGAGGAGUCUCCCAACCUGGAAGACUACGAGCCCAACACCGUGGCCAGCCUGCUGAAGCAGUACCUGCGUGAGCUCCCGGAGAACCUGCUUACCAAAGAGCUCCUGCCGCGCUUCGAGGAGGCAUGUGGGAGGGCGGCGGAGAGCGAGAAGGUGCAGGAGUUCCAGCGCCUGCUCAGGGAGCUGCCCGAGUGCAACUGCCUCCUCGUCUCCUGGCUCGUCGUGCACAUGGACCACGUCAUCGCCAAGGAGCUGGAGACCAAGAUGAACAUUCAGAACAUCUCCAUCGUGCUCAGCCCGACCGUGCAGAUCAGCAAUCGUGUUCUAUAUGUGCUUUUCACGCAUGUGCAAGAGCUCUUCGGGAACGUGGUACUGAAGCAGGUGACGAGGCCCCUGCGAUGGUCCAACAUGGCCACGAUGCCCACGCUGCCCGAGACCCAAGCCGGCAUCAAGGAGGAGAUCCGGAGACAGGAGUUUCUUUUGAAUUGUUUACAUCGAGAUCUGCAGGGUGGGAUAAAGGAUUUAUCUAAAGAAGAAAGAUUAUGGGAAGUACAAAGAAUUUUGACAGCCCUCAAAAGAAAACUGAGAGAAGCUAAAAGACAAGAGUGUGAGACCAAGAUCGCCCAGGAGAUAGCCAGUCUGUCAAAAGAGGACGUUUCCAAGGAAGAAACGAAUGAAAACGAGGAAGUUAUAAAUAUUCUCCUCACCCAGGAGAACGAGAUCCUCACCGAGCAGGAGGAGCUGCUGGCCAUGGAGCAGUUCUUACGCCGGCAGAUCGCAGCUGAGAAAGAGGAGAUCGAGCGCCUGCGUGCCGAGAUCGCUGAGAUCCAGAGUGUAGUUCGGAGAAAGGGUGGCAGGCGAGAGCGCCGGGCAAUGUCCCCGCCUGUCCCCAGCCGCCAGCAGCACGGCCGGAGCGAGACGGAGGAGUACUCGUCAGAGAGUGAGAGCGAGAGCGAGGACGAGGAGGAGCUGCAGCUCAUUUUGGAGGAUCUGCAGCGCCAGAACGAGGAGCUGGAGAUCAAGAACAACCACCUGAACCAAGCCGUCCACGAGGAGCGCGAGGCCAUCAUCGAGCUGCGCGUGCAGCUCCGCCUGCUGCAGCUGCAGCGCGCCCAGGCCGAGGAGGAGGAGGAGGAGGAGGAGGAGGAGCCCGAGGAGCCCGAGGAGCCCGUGCGGCCAGCGGGCGUCCCGGAGGCCAAGCCCUCGCCCAGCAGAGAGCGGAAGGAGACGCCCAUCUGAGCGCUGCCGCCCGCCGGCCGGACGCCUUCUGCCCCUGCAGCCCGUCCUGGACUCGGCUUCCCGGGACGCAGGGCCCUUCCAGAUAGUGUCACCUCAUUUGAAAAUUAAUUUUCUUCGUUAAAGUAAGGAUUUUAACCUCUGAGUGGCUUCUUUUUAAACCAAAAAUUGUCUGUCUUUGCUUUUUUAUCACAGCAGAAUCAGGAUCUUUUUCACCCAGAGGCCCCGACCAGGUCGCUGCUGCGCCUGCCGGACGCUGGCCAGCUCGGGCCUGUGCGCACCGGCGCUCGUGCUUGUGCCUUCCACACCUCCUCGGUGCACAGAGGCCGGGGAGGGAGCGGCUCCUCUCCUCCGGCCAGACGGCCAGCUGGGUGUCCCUUAGCCACGCCCCUUCUCAGUCCUCAGCCUGCCGCGGGCCAGGGCCAGAGGCCUCCGCCCGCGGUGCCCAGAGGGUCCUAGCCAGACCCUCACGGACCGCCUCCGGGCAGGCCCAUGUCUGCCCGGGGAGCAGGCGCGUUGCCAGAUGCCCAUGUCCGUGGCCAGCCUCCCGAGGGGCUCCGGCUGACCAGGUGGAGCAGCAGGAGGGCGACUUCCUCCUGUGCUCGGCGCGACUCACCCAGCCCUCGGUUCGGGUCCAUGCUCGCUCCCUGGCCGCCUGGAGGCCUGGCCGGGCUGUCAGGUGAGUGGCCCGGCGCGGGCUCUCUAGAGCCUCCUAAUCAGUAUUUAUUCCCAGCACCUGUUUGAUGCGGUUCCGCUCCUACCUAUUGCACUGUUGUGACUUGGCCAUUAUUUGAUUUUUGUACGAAGAAAAGCUUUGUUAUAGAAAUCAGCAUACUAUUUUUUUAAAUCUGGAGAGAAGAUAUUAUGGUGACUGAAAAUAUGGUCAGGUGUCAUAAAUGUAUAAACGCCUUGCUGUCCUAUCAGACAUAGUUUAUUCAUUUUAUAUUCAUUGGCGGUGUUGGAGGUUUCUUUUUUGUUUGUGUAAACUCUAAUGUCUGUCAAGGUGUCAUGGGUUUUUUAAAUUAGUAUGUCAUUACAGCUGUCUGAUUGGUUAAUUUUUUGCCAGAACCAUUAUUGAUCAAGCAAAUAAAUUCAGCAGCCAUUUGGGAAAAAAA